AACCUUCAAACGCACUUAUUUGUGUGUUAACAAGAAAAUGAAGUUAACGUUUGUGUGUGUUUUGGGUCUGAUUAUGAUCAUAGGUGGUUCUGAAGGAGCCGAAGAUUUGGCUCAGAAAUGUGGACAAGUGGUUCAAAAGGUGAUUCCAUGUUUGGAUUUUGCAACUGGGAAAGCAUUAACACCAAAAAAGGAAUGCUGUGAUGCAGCAAAUAGUAUAAAGGAAACGGAUCCAGAGUGUUUGUGUUAUAUAAUUCAACAGACACAUAAGGGUAGCCCUGAAAGUAAGAGUUUGGGUAUUCAAGAGGAUAAACUUCUUCAACUACCUACUGUUUGUAAAGUCAAAAAUGCCAAUCUCACUGAUUGUCCUAAACUUCUGGGACUAUCUCCAAGUUCCCCUGACGCUGCAAUAUUUAAAAAUGCAUCAAAGUUAAGUCCUCCUUCAACUCCAUCUGCAUCUGCUGAUCAAACUUCAACCCCACCCACCCCAAGUGAUUCAUAUAUGGUUAGACCUCUUAUGAUGACAGAAGUGAUUGUGAUGACUUUGGCUAUUCUUGCUGUUGCUGUACCUACCGGAUUUAUCAGCAUUUAUACAUGAUGUGGUAGAUAGGAGGGUGUUUUAAUGCUUCACCUAACUGUCUUGUGCUUCCGUUAUUUUCUUUCCUGCUUAUCUGUUUUCUUUAGGACUUUUUUAUUGCUUUGUAUCUAUGCUCUGUUGCUUUUUAUUUCUUUUCAGUUUGUUGAAACAUUUCUCAUCCCACAUUAAUACAACUAUCUAUGUCAAUUCA